AUGGAUUCUCGCGGAUAUCCUCUUACUAUCUCGAAAGUACGCUAUCUCGCUAAGCUCCUCUUUACCGCGAAAUUAAAGCCAUCCAAAGUUCAAGACGCCUUUAUCAGUGAUCGCUGGGUCAGCCGCUUUAUUCAUCGCCACGAAGCUGAAUGGAAGUUAAAAUACACAAAGAAAUAUAAUUAUCAACGUGCAAAAUGCGAGGAUCCUCAGAUUAUAAAGCGGUGGUUCGAAGUUGUUCAAAAUACUAUACAAAACUAUGGUAUUCUUGAACAGGAUAUCUACAUUAUGGACCAGACAGGCUUUCAAAUGGGAGUAGCUACGACUGCAAAUGUUAUCUGCAGAUCAGGUACUAGAGAAUCUCAUGCAAAAUCGACUCAUCCUGGAAAUGGCGAAUGGGUGACAUCAAUCGUGACAAUAAACGCUGCAGGUAGUGUUUUACCUCCACAGAUUAUUUUUGCUGGUAAGAUGUUGCAAGCGAGGUGGUUUGAAACUAUCCCCGAUAGCUACAGUAUUAGUGUCAGCGAGAAUGGCUGGACAACUGAUAAGCUUGGUUUUGAAUGGCUUCAAGGAUUUGAUCGAUAUAUAGCUUCAAAACCUGCGGGCCGGUGUCGUCUUCUUAUUCUCGAUGGCCACGGAAGCCAUUCAACCGUUGAAUUCGAUCAAUUUUGCAAAGAAAAGAAGAUUAUUUCUUUAUAUAUGCCUCCGCAUUCAUCUCACAAACUCCAGCCGCUCGAUGUAGGCUGUUUUGCACCUUUAAAACAGCUAUACGGACAACGGAUCAGCGAUGCAAUACAGAACGGCAUUGAAUUCAUCGAUAAGGAUUUCUUAUAUCACUACCAACACGUGCAUCCAAAGGCCUUCUCCUCAAGCAAUAUACGCAGUAGCUUUCAAGCAACUGGGCUAGUCCCGUACAACCCAGAUCGAGUGCUUUUGAAGCUUAAAAUUCAACUUCAAGAUAAAACGUUUACCCCGCCUUCAACCGCUUCAUCCGGCUCGCAAUCCUUUUAUCUCGGAAAAACACCUCUAAACGCAUACCAAUUAAAUCAUCAAAGAGAUGAGCUUCAAGCACUUCAAGAAUCGGGAUUAUCAUCGCUAGUUACUGAGCAGGCGCUUGAAAAGGUCUUUAAAGGCGCAGAAAUGGCGAUGCAGAAUGCCGCCCUGCUUCAACAAGAGAAACAUCAGCUUCGCAGUGCUGAUAUUCAUAAGAAGAUUAAAAAAAAGGCUUCUCGUCGCUUUAUUCAAGAAGGAGGUACUCUGAAUGGCCAAGAAGGGCGAGAAAAGGUGCAACAAAUGGCUCAAAGAAAAUGCGAGGCCACAUCAAUCCUUAUUACGCCGGCCACCUCGUUGCAGUGA